AUGUCCCGGACCCGUGAGAUGACCGUUCGACAAGCACUUCAAAUGGCACAGAACAGUUCAACAGGCGAGCUGGAUCCCCAGAUGCUCGAGAUCCUCGAAAAUUAUCUCGGCGAAGUCUGGAACCGCAUUCAGGCUGAUCCAGACACUUACGUCAUGGACGGACUCGAAUUCCCUGUCUUCAAUCUCUUUCGAGCACGUUCCGAGUUUCAGAACGAGACUGCAAGGAAGGCAGUGUCGAGAUAUUGGGACAGCCAAAGGGCCACCAGCAACAGCAAUUCCAACUCGGAGCCCCAGAACUAG